CUCUGCUGCCCAACCAGGAAAGAGAAAGACCAGCACACCGAUGGUAUUUACUAGUAGAAGGAAGAAGCAAAGGCUCCCCACUAUCGUCCUGCAUAAAUAGAGUCGAGAUCCAGUCUUAGCUUCGCAGACCACCUUACCGAAUUGUUGUACCACAUCCGUAAAAUCGGUUACUACUAGGAUAUAGAAUACCUACUGUACGCACAAGCCGAUCAUGCGUCUCCCAUAUGUUUCCAACCCCCCGCCUACGAGCACCCCGGAGGAAGCCAAUAUCUUCGCUCGCAUGCAGGCCCGACGAGCCCCAGGAGACCUUCUACCCCUGGACCUGGCUCUCCUGCACUCAUUCCCCAUCGCCGAAGGAUGGAAUACGUUCCUGGGCGCCAUCCGGUCCCGGACCAGCCUUUCGACCGUGAUCCGUGAACUGAUUAUCUGUCGCGUGGCAGUUCUCAAUGGGGCGGAAUUUGAAUGGGAACAGCAUGCACCGUUGCUCAAAGAAGCCGGGUUGAGUGAGGAAGCAAUGCAGGCCAUCCGUGAUGUAAACCUGGAUAUCUCUCAGAAUGUGCAGUACAAUGUGUUGAGUCGGGAGGAGGGUGCUGUGUUGAAGUAUACGGACGCCAUGACCAAGACGGUGACGGUACCGGAGGAAAUCUUCCAGGAGGUCAAAACAUACUUCAACGACCGGGAAGUGGUGGAGAUAACGAGCACAGCUGCUGCCUACAAUUGUGUGAGUCGGUUUUUGGUGGCGUUGGAUGUUGGUGAGAUGAAUCAUGACUAGAUUUAUAGUAGAUUACUCCGAG